AUGGCGCCAUUAAAGAAACUCCUAAUCACCCAAAUUCUUCAAAGAAGAAGAAUCCAAUUAAUCUUCACAACUUUUCUUCUCGUUUUCUCUAUCUUCAUCUUACUUAAUUUCUCUUUAACACCCAUAACAGAGACUACCUCUUCAACAGUACCAUCUGCAACUUCGCACCUUCGCUUUGCUUCCAAUUACAUCUCUUCUCUCUCCUCCAUCCCUCGAAGUGCCGCAAUCGAAGACGAGCCGAGUUCCGGGUCUCCGAACCCAGAUGAAAUUGGAUCAUACUUUGCUAAGAAAAUCACUUCUUUGAGCAUUUUAAGGAAAAAAGAAGAUGAUUUUGUAAGAAAGAAGGGAAUUUCUUGUGAUAUUUUUGAUGGGAAAUGGGUUUUGGAUGAUUCUGGCCCGGUUUACUCACCUGGGUCUUGCCCGUUUCUUGAUUAUACCUUCAAUUGCUUCAACAAUGGCCGCUCCGAUCUCGGUUAUUUACGCUACCGAUGGCAGCCUCAUGGGUGUGACAUCCCUAGGUUUAAUGGGAAGAAGAUGUUAGAAAUGUUAAGAGGAAAAAGAAUGGUGUUUGUUGGAGAUUCACUUAACAGAAAUAUGUGGGAAUCUUUAGUAUGUUCUUUAAGAAUGUCUUUAGUUGAUAAGAAGACAGUGUUCGAAGUUUCUGGCAAAAGACAGUUCAGAAGUGAAGGAUUCUACUCUUUCAAAUUCAAGGAUUAUAAUUGUACCAUAGAGUUCAUCAGAUCACCAUUCUUAGUACAAGAAUGGAAACUGCCUAGUGUGAAAGGUUUCAAGGCGAGGCGAGAACUGCUAAGACUUGAUGUGAUUCAAGCUACAACCUCCGGUUACCAUGAUGCUGAUUACCUCAUUUUUAAUACUGGACAUUGGUGGACUCACAACAAAACUCGAAAAGGGAAGAAUUUCUUUCAGGAGGAUGAAAUUGUGCAUCCUGAGUUAAAUGUAACAGUAGCAUACACAAAAGCCUUAAAAACAUGGGCAAAAUGGGUUGACAAAAAUGUAAACAAGAACAAAACACAAGUCUUUUUUGCUGGUUAUUCAGCUUCUCAUUUUAGAAAAGGGCAGUGGAAUUCAGGAGGAAAAUGUGAUGGAGAAACAGAACCAAUAACUGAUGACAAGUACUUAGCAGCAUAUCCUUGGAUGAUGAAGACUCUUGAAUCAGUGAUCUCUAAGAUGAAAACACCUGUUGUGUAUCUUAACAUUACUAAGAUGACUGAUUACAGAAAGGAUGGGCACCCGUCGAUAUACCGGCUACCGGAGACUGAGAGACGGCCCGGGAUGACUCAAGAUUGUAGCCAUUGGUGCCUCCCUGGUGUUCCUGACUCAUGGAACCAGCUUCUCUAUGUUUCUUUACUGAUGUCUUCUAAGUUCUAA